UGCCAUUAAGGGGAAAUUGCAAGAACUAGGAGCUUAUGUGGAUGAAGAACUUCCUGAUUACAUUAUGGUGAUGGUGGCCAACAAGAAAAGUCAGGACCAAAUGACAGAGGACCUGUCCCUGUUUCUAGGGAACAACACAAUUCGAUUCACCGUAUGGCUUCAUGGUGUAUUAGAUAAACUUCGUUCUGUUACAACAGACCCCUCUAGUCUAAAGUCUUCUGAUACCAACAUAUUCGAUAGUAAUGUGCCUUCCAACAAGAGCAGCUUCAGUAGGGGCGAUGAGAGAAGGCACGAAGCUGCAGUGCCACCCCUUGCAGUUUCUAGCACUAGAGCUGAGAAAAGAGAUUCCAGAGUUUCUUCAAGUUCACAGGAGCAGAAAGCCACUAAUGCCAGGCAGAGUUAUGAUGAUGGAGCUGCAACCCGAUUAAUGUCAACAGUGAAACCUCUGAGGGAGCCAGCACCCUCUGAAGAUGUGAUUGAUAUUAAGCCGGAACCAGAUGACCUCAUUGAUGAAGACCUCAAUUUUGUGCAGGAGAAUCCCUUAUCUCAGAAAAAACCCACAGUGACACUCACAUAUGGCUCUUCUCGCCCUUCUAUUGAAAUUUAUCGACCACCUGCAAGUCGAACUGCAGAUGGUGGUGUUCAUUUAAACAGGUUGCAGUUUCAACAGCAGCAAAACAGUAUUCAUGCUGCCAAGCAGCUUGAUAUACAGAACAGCCGGGUAUAUGAAACGGGACGUUUGUGUGAGCCAGACAUGCUUAACAGCUUAGAAGAGACUUACAGUCCUUUUUUCAGAAACAACGCAGAGAAAAUGAGUAUUGAGGAAGAAAACUUUCGGAAGAGAAAGUUGCCUGUGGUAAGUUCAGUUGUUAAAGUAAAAAAGUUUAAUCACGAUGGAGAAGAGGAGGAGGAAGAUGAUGAUUGUGGGUCCCGCACAGGAAGCAUCUCCAGCAGUGUGUCAGUGCCUGCAAAGCCCGAAAGGAGACCCUCACUUCCUCCUUCUAAACAAGCUAAUAAGAAUCUAAUUUUGAAGGCUAUAUCUGAAGCUCAAGAAUCUGUAACAAAAACAACUAACUAUUCUACAGUCUCGCAGAAACAGACACUUCCAGUUGCUCCCAGAACUCGAACUUCUCAAGAAGAAUUGCUGGCAGAAAUGGUCCAGGGGCAAAGCAGGACCUCUAAAAUAAGUCCCCCCCUUAAAGAAGAUGAAGCAAAAGGAGAUAAUGUAGAGAAAGGUCAAGGAACUCAACAGAGGCCGUUACUGUCCCGGCUGCAAAUUGAUCCAGUCAUGGCAGAAACUCUGCAGAUCAAUCCAGAUUACUAUGACAUGGAAUCCCUGGUCUAUGCAGACACAAGAUCAUUUAUUCUGAAGAAGCCAAAGCUGUCUGAGGAAAUAGUAGUGGCAUCAAACCAAGAGUCGGGGAUGAAGACCGCAGAUACCCUUCGGGUACUUUCAGGACACCUUAUGCAGACACGAGAUCUUGUACAACCAGAUAAACCUGCAAGUCCCAAGUUUAUAGUGACGCUGGAUGGUGUUCCCAGCCCCCCAGGAUACAUGUCAGAUCAAGAGGAGGACAUGUGCUUUGAAGGAAUGAAACCUGUAAACCAAACUGCAGCCUCAAACCAGGGACUCAGAGGUCUCCUCCACCCACAGCAGUUGCAGUUGAUGAGCAGGCAGCUUGAUGACCCCAAUGGUAGCUUUGCACACGCUGAGAUGAGUGAACUGAAUGUGGCACAGAAGCCAGAAAAACUUUUGGAGCGCUGCAAGUACUGGCCUGCCUGCAAAAACGGGGAUGAAUGUGCUUACCACCACCCGAUUUCACCUUGCAAGGCUUUCCCCAAUUGUAAAUUUGCUGAAAAAUGUUUGUUUGUUCAUCCAAAUUGUAAAUAUGAUGCAAAAUGUACUAAGCCAGAUUGUCCCUUCACUCAUAUGAAUAGAAGAAUUCCAAUACUGCCUCCAAAACCAGCAGUUAUAACAGCAACUCCAUCUUCUAGUAGUCAGCUCUGCCGUUACUUCCCUGCUUGUAAGAAAAUGGAAUGUCCUUUCUAUCAUCCAAAACACUGUAGAUUUAACACUCAGUGUACAAGACCUGACUGCACGUUUUAUCAUCCCACCAUUACUGUGCCGCCACGACAUGCCUUGAAAUGGAUUCGGCCUCAAACCAGUGAAUGACACCCAGUCCUACCUGGCAGAUCGUGAAGUUUGAAAGUUUCCAUCUACUGAUGAAAAAGAUUCUGUAGAACUUGUCAAAUCUUUGAAACUUGGAAUAUAUUGCUUUCAUAAUAUGAAGUUAUUGCCUAUCUGAAGUACCUAAUUUUUCAAGUUUGUAAGUUUAUUAUGUGGUUUUAACAUUGGGUGUUUUGUUGUUGUUUGCCUUGUUUUGACUAUGGAAAGACAGUUUAAGGAAAAACUGAAUUCUAUUAAAACACCUGGUGUGUUUGUACACUGCUGUUUUGAGUAUCAGCAUGUACAACAUGGUGAUAUUGUCAGUACAGAUAAUCCAGUUUGGGGCUACAUGUUGCUGUGAGUGUCUGCGUGUGUGUGCGGGAGUGUGUGUAUACAAAGAAAUAUAGUGAGGGGAACAUCCUUAUUCCAAAAGUUGGAUUGCUACUUUCAUUUUUUCCAGGGAUUAUAUAAUGUUCAUGAUCCACUAAAAAAGUGUUGAGGUAGUUUAAAUAGUCCAUCCUACUUUUUAAUUUUAAGUGAUUAAGUUUGGCUUCUUAGGUUGCGUGCUGGUUUGGUAAAUGGUUCCCAAAUAGCUAGUCUUUGCCUUCUGGGUAAGGAUGAGUGAGGUGGGCAUGUAGAGUGAAAACAGCUGGAAUGCCAACGGCAAAAAGAAAAAGAGCAAUUACUUAAAAUGUUUUUCAUUUACUGUUAACAUAUACUUUUAAAAUAAAUAUUUUGGAGAACUACAUUAUCACAAAAUUAUACAAAAGUUUUUACAAGUAUAUAUACAUAGGUAUCAGAGAACAGACUUGAAAUUCACAAGAUUAUAUAGCUAUACAUCUACAUUCUCCCAUUCUGAAAAACAUUCUCAGAAAUAAUUCCAGAAAAUAUAGUUACUGAAGAUAAUUUUUUAAAUGUAAAAAUUAGAUUUCAGUAGUAUAUUUUAAAUGUCAGACUAUAUAAUUACAGAGAUCAGAUGGAUAAAUUGCAAAGUAGGACUAAACUUUUUGACUACUGAAUUAAAAUACAGUUAUGUGUUUGUGGUUUUUAAAAUUGUUAAGGCAAGAAGUGUCAAAAACUUUAGAAUUAAACGGAUCGCUGAUUUUAAA